CUGGAGGCGCGCAACCGACCCCACGCCUCCGUGCGUGCACGCGCCCACGCGCGCGCCCACCGCACAGCCAACGAUCGUCGACUCGGCUUGUUUCUUCAUCGCACUUUCGGACAAGUUGCGGACGGAAGAGUGAAAAUGCUGUUGAGUGAAAAUAUGUUCACAACUGAAGAAGGCAGCCGAGGGUGCUAAGCGCGACGCUCAUUUGGGUGCUUGGCGUUUUGGAUUUGUUUUGGACGGAGCGCGUGUGUGUUUGAGAUCGCCGUCUGACAGCGGGGAUCGAACUGCACCCGACAGGCGCGCGACGCACGCGGAGAACCUGUGGCUGCGCGCGGGGGGGGGGGGGGGUUCAAAGUCUGGGAGCUCGGGUGCGAGAGGGACGCUCGCCGAAGACAUGCUGGAGCCAUGGCCGCGCAGGAAAGUGGCUUGGCGGAGGUUCUGGUGCGGGCUGGCUGGCACAAAGUUUGGCUGCGCUUAAGCGAGGACGCGCUGACGCUGAGCUGCGACGAGGGCGACGGGCGCGGCGACUCCUCCAACGGGCUCGUCGCCAACGGAUCGCACCUCGACAACAACAACUCCAACAACCGGCCCCGAGCGGUGCCGGAGACCAUCGCCAACGGGAAGCGAUGCGUCAAGGUGACCAAGCAGGACGCCGGCGGACUGGGCAUCAGCAUUAAAGGCGGCAGGGAGAAUAAGAUGCCCAUCCUGGUCAGCAAAAUCUUCCAGGGGCUGGCCGCGGACCGGACGCAGGCUCUGUACGUCGGGGACGCCAUCCUGGCCGUCGACGGGCUCAACCUGAGGGACGCGAGCCACGACGAGGCGGUGCGGGCGCUCAAGCGGGCGGGCAAGGACGUGACGCUGGAAGUCAAGUACAUGCGAGAGGCCACGCCGUACGUCAAAAAGGGUUCACCUGUGUCAGAGAUCGGAUGGGAAACGCCCCCGCCCGAGUCGCCGCGUUUGGGCGGCGCUCCCGUCACGUCCCCCUCGUCCUCGUCGCCGCCGCCGCGGACUGGGAGCCCUCCUCCUCAGGCCUCGCUGUCCCUGCAGGGCGACAGGAGAAUCAUUCCGCUGAAGAUGUGUUGCGUAACCCGAGCCAUGACCACAGCAGACCCAGACAACAGACAGGUGGAGCUGCACUCCCCCGACGCCAAACACACGGUGGUCCUGCGCUGUCCGGACCAGCCGUCUGCCCUCACUUGGUUCUCCGCCAUGCAUGCUGUCACAUCCACACUGACGCAGCGAGCGCUUGCUGAGGUGAUUCAUCACACAACCAGGUCCGGGCUUGCGGGCAGCAAAGAGAUUCGACACCUGGGAUGGCUGGCAGGGAAGCAAAGUGAGAGCGAGAAGCAGUGCUGGAAGCCCGUGCUGGCGGUGGUGACGGAGAAAGACCUGCUGCUCUAUGACCGCCUGCCGCGGAGCAAGGAGGCCUGGCAGAGUCCAGCGCACACGUAUCCUCUUCUGGCGACACGUUUGGUGCACUCUGGGCCCGACGCGGGGUCCCCUUGCUCGGGCACCGAGCUCUUUUUCGCCACUCGAACCGGCACCCGCCUUGGAAUCGAGACUUAUCUUUUCCGGGCUGAAACCAGCAAGGAUUUAUCCCUGUGGACUCGACAAAUCGUCAACGGCUGUCACGCUUCGGCCGAGAUGAUCAAAGAAGUCAGUACGAGUUGUCUUUACCUGGGUCAGGAGUGCCGGCUGGUGAUCCACUACGAGCAGGGCUUCUCCGUGUUGGCUGAAGCCAAAGUCCGAGACGGUGAGAACCGGGACGAGGGGCCACGGCAAAGUCCGGCCAAAAAACGAGUGCUCCUGUCCUACCCUUACGAAAAACUGAGGAUGUCGUCGGACGAUGGAGUUCGGAUGCUACUCCUGGACUUUGGAGGAAAAGAAGGGGAGCUUCAACUGGACCUGCACUCGUGUCCCAAGCCAAUCGUCUUUAUCGUCCACUCCUUCCUCUCUGCCAAGAUCUCCAGGCUGGGCUUAGUGGCCUGACCGCAACCCCCGGCUGGAUUUCCGCUGUUGCGUGUCCACAUCUCUGCAGACCGCGUGCAGUAGACCACACUGAACCGCCCCUCGGUCCGAGACCCGAGCCGAGUGAAUGUAGCCUCUCUUUGGUCCGAGUAAGAUUGGAGAAAGAUGUUGCCAGUUCAGGGUCAUCUGUCGAAGAAACGUGAAGAGUGAACAUUGGCAACAGAGAACAAAACCUUGAGCGGACCCGAAGCAGAUAGACAGAUGUGAAGAAUGAUCGGGCAUUACUGAAAUAUUCAACACUUUUGUUUCAGUUCAUUUGUCAUUAGAUUGCAGCAUUCUUAAUUUCACUCUUUCCUCUUUGUCCUGUUAGCAAUGUCAGCAUUUGAUCAUCAACCAUACAACACAAAACGUUAUUCUGCUUUCAGGUACUGCAUGAUGAAGAGGACUGUUUAAUACAAAUUCGAAUUGAACCAGGAAAUGUUUUGAUCAAACACCUGUUGUGAAUUGUACAGUUUAGCUCCUCGUUGGAGAACGGCGAGUUGUGCAAAGAGUACUGAAACAUCAAACCGUUGGAUGUGCAUUUAAAGGUUUUGAGAAGGUCACAUUCAUUUAACCUGUACUGCGUCUAGUGCAUUUGAGAUUAAUCCUGGAAGUUCGCCCGAAAGCCGUAACUUUUAGCGAGUAGUCUAUGUUCGCAGAUAACUCCGCUAACUCAAGUGACAUGACCGUAUUGCUUGAAAGGUCUGCAUUCAAAAACCAACUGUGCUAUUACAGUGUUGAAGUGCAAAUUCUAUUUUUGUAGCUACAGUGUAUUACCGAUCAUGGUAGCUAUAGCAUUGGCAUUUGUGUUUAUUGUUCCAGCUGUGUGUUCAUAAUAAAACUAUAAUCAUGCAUGCAUACAAACUAGUCAUGUUCAGACGAGGACGGGAUUGUUUUCCGCCACCCGAGUGCAAACACAAAUGACUGAUGUGAUAUUAUCCCAGUCACCCUGUAAAAUGUUAAAUGUUAGUCGUUAGCUUCACGAAAGCUAACGACUACGUAGGGUUUGCCCACUUCAUUGUCAUCGCUCUCCUGCUCAGAAAUUUCAACUGUUAUUAAAAUGAUUAUUUUGCUUCUUGGGAGCAUGAAUCCCAUAAAUUCUAUUUUUUUUUUUUUCCCUGAUCCAAAGGUUUAACAUUUUUAUUCGUCUUUUUCAGCACUCUACCCAUUUCUUUUGCUUCCAGUGACAACCGAUAAUUGUCAUCACUAUGAGUUCUAUAGUUUCAGGUGGCCCCCCGCAUAUUUAUAUUUGAUAUAAUAUAACACACUACACUAUAUAUGUAACUGAUUGCUCAAAUGUAACAAAAUCCACCUACUUUACCCAAAUGAUUUUCAAGUGGAAUCCACAAAGUCAAGCAAAUCAUUUGGAGUUUAAUAAGUAUUUCACUGUGGAGCACUGCUUUAAUUCCACAAUGGCCACCGCAGUGAUAUUUCACAAACGUCUUUGGUGGCAAUCCUCGGUAACGUUUUGCUUAGUCAUGCAACCGCUACCAGGGGAACUUCUAAAAUUCACCCAAAAAUCCAAAUCAAAGACAUGAAGUAUUGUUUGUUGUUCUAAUGCAAUGAGGCAAUCAAGCAUUAAAAAUAAGUGCAAAACACUGCAGCCACCUCGUUCUUGUGCCUUGGAAAUGGAUCGUUUUGCGAGGAAUGCCUCACAGGAUGAACGCGGAAGGACAUUUGCCACAUUAGAUGCAAUCAUUUGAUAUUUGAGUUUUUUUUGUGUGCAGUUUGAAUGAUGAUUUUGCAACACGUUUUGUCUAAUUCAAGUGAUUGUUAGGCAACGCAGCAAAUUGUAUCGCAGCAACAAAUACAAUCAAAGUGCGGAGUGAGACGUUUUAUGCUGCUUGACAAUACUGCCUUCAUUUGUCACUCAGAAUAACAAACUCAAUGUUUUUAACUCAAUGGAUGCAUAUAAAUUGCGUAUUUAAAAUGGA